AUGGGCCUGCCAUCAGUUAUCACACCGACUCUGCUAUCAACCAUUAGAACUUAUCCUCGGCUACCCGCCAACACCUGGUACCUUCUGGCCGCCACCGCCUUAUCGACGCUAAACCGGCCAGACGAGAUUCCAAAGGUCUUCAGCCAUGCUCUCGAGUCAGGAGGCGGCGCAAAGGAAAGCAAACCCUCGCAAGAGGAGCAGCUUCAGAUCGCGAGACGAACACGUGAAGCACUAGUGAAGACAUCUGCCAUCAUUGGCCUGCCCAAGACCAUCAAUGCUCUGUUUGCGCUCAAGGGCGUCACACCUAAGCAUCUAUUCGACGAACCUCUAGGUUAUUCACCGUCCAAUAGAGCCGUCGACAUAUACACGACCCCCACCGCCCAGAUUUUGCAGAGGGGGCAGAAGUUUUUCGAUAAGGUCUACGGCAAGGUGACUGGACGGGUAAUGGGUCAAAUGGAUCGCAGCGGCACCGAAGACCUCGGGUUACUGGCACGGCUUGAGUAUGGAUACGUGCUAAGCCCAGUUGGUAUUCUCAAUGCUCCGGAAACUUCGUACAUGGUUCUGGCCAGCUUGAUCCCGCAAGACGUAAACCCUCAACUCAAGGGACAUCUCGUUGGAGCUCUGAAUAACGGAGCCACCGAAGAAGAAGUUAAGGCGGUUCGUGACGUGGUGAUCAAAGUGUGCGAAGCAUCCGGCAUGAAGAUGUUAGAUGCCCAGAGCCUAAAUGGAUGGGGGUGGAGGGAAGAGGUCGCGCCAGUGAAGCUUCCUAAAACAUCAAAGCUGUGA